AUGCGCUGUUAGUAAAUAUUUUGGAAUGAUUACUAUACAUUUAUAUAAUCCUUUAGAAAUGUCCACUUUCUUUUGAUACUAUUUGUGCAAGGAUUAAUCUGAUAGCCAAACAGAAAUAAGACAUUUAUUUAUACAGAAACUUUUACCUUCAAUAUCAAUCAAUUCGCUGCGGUGCCGCCGCCUUUCAUUUAUUAACAUUAACAAAUAGACUGUGAAGACAGAUUUGUGAAUAUUAGAUGAAACCCGACAAAAUAAACAAAAGGGAAGAUGUGGCAAUAACAACUGUUGAGUAUUUUUAUUAGUUUUGUAAUAUUUGCUGACCAAAGUGUAUAGUAAACUAUCAUACAUAAAGUCAUAGACAGUUGUGAUUUUCUGAACUAGUUUACAAAAUGGCAUUUUUGGAUUUACCUCCUCAGCCACGACAACGAAGGAAUUCUAUGUUUUCAAGGAAGGUUGAGGACUGUUUAACAAAAGACCCAAAUCUACGAGAAGAUCAAGUUAAAUUAAUUCUACAGUCAUUUUCGUCGCUGGAUGAAAACGGUGAUGGCAAAAUAUCAAAGCGUGAAAUUGCUAGGGCGUACAGACUUGCAGGAUUCAAUCCAACAAAAGAGGAACUUUCAAAAAUCAUCUUGGAACACGACGAGAAUGACGAUGGUUACAUAGAUUUUGAGGAAUAUUUUAAUGUAAUGCGUACUAAAAUGAUAAAGAUGGACUUCGAAGCCGAACGAUUAAAAACUGCUUUUCAAGUGCUUGACUUAGACCAGGAUGGCUUUAUCACAAGAGAAGAACUUUCACAUGCCCUCUCUAAAACUGGUGACCAGUUUACCGAUGACGAGAUUAGUGAUAUAAUUGAAAGAGCAGAUAAAAAUAAAGACGGCAAGAUAGAUUAUAAUGAAUUCGUGGACGCUGACCUGUGUAAAUCUGUGUUUUGAAAAUAAAGGGUUAAUAUUAGAGCAUUUUAGUACAUCAGUCGAUGGAUAUUUAAGUAACUAUAUUUUACAAUUAGAGGUGCAAUUUAAAUAUCCGUUGUUGCUGUAGCUGUUUCUCAAACAACAUCACUAUCGUCUGUUACUAGGCGUAUACAAAUGCUUAAAUCGUCAUUGAGAAGAAGAAGUCAGUGUGAGUAACAAUUUGGAGAAAGCACGCACUAAUGAUAAAUAUGAUAUAUCUGAAUUCACGUUUAAGAUAGUUUCAAAGUGGUUUCAUAAUGACAAUGACAAUAUUUACCAAUUAACGCGUUUUUAUUACAUGCUUUUCGGUGGUUUAUAGAAAUAUAUCAGUGAUAUAAAACUGGUAAUUUCACUGUUUGAAACAGUGAAAUUACCACUUUGAUAAUUUCACUGUUUGAAACAGUGAAAUUACCACUUUGAUAAUUUCACUGAUUUGAAUUUAAGCCCCUUACGUUGUUUCAGUGAAAUACCUUGUGAACACCAAACGUUCAUAUUUUACUCGUGGCUGCGCCACUCGUGAAAUAUACCUUUUGCUGCUCACUCGGUGAAAUAUAUUUCGAUCUUACACUGAACUAAACAAAUAUCCUUUAUAUAAUCAUUAUUGCUUUACAUCUGAGGUGGUGUCAUUAUGUGACUAUAAGUUAUAUCCGCACACUGGUGCUUUCGACACUGACAUCAAAGAUGUUAAAAAAUCACAAGGUAACUUAAAUGUUAUG